UCUCAUCGUUUGCUAAAGCUGAAAACUCAAAGCAAACAAACCAUGAGGCUGGCCUUCCCUGUCCUGCUGGUCACUCUGGCCUUUUGCUGCUACGAGGCCAAUGCAGAAGCCUGUCCAUCCAUUGUUUCCGAAUUGAGAAGCUUCUUAAUGGGUACUGUAUCAGAGUUCAAGGACAUUCUUCAGAGCUUUAAUCCACCUCCAGAAGUUGUUCAGGCUGAGGUGAAAGUGAAGCAAUGCAUAGAUGGCAUCUCCCUCGAGGACAGACUCGAAAUACAAAAUUUAUUGGGUGAAGUAGUGUCGACAUGUAAGUCCUAGAUUGACAAAAAUCUUAUGCACGAGGACCUCUGACGUUCCAUGGUGACCUGAUUUUCCCCGGAAAAUGUUAAGGUUUC